AUGGAUAUAAAUGCAAGAGUGAAACCUUAUACAUGUGAAGAAUGUGGAAAGAUCUUCAAUAGAUCAGCACAUCUUAUUUUGCAUAGGAGAAUUCAUACAGGAGAGAAACCAUAUAAAUGUCAGACUUGUGGGAAGGCCUUUAUUCGGACCUCACAUCUUAAUAGACACAUGAAAACUCAUAGUGGAGAGAAGCCUUAUAUAUGUCAGGAGUGUGGCAAGGCCUUUACUCAGUCGUCAAGCCUCAGGAGACAUGCAAUUAUUCACACUGGAGAGAAACCGUAUAGAUGUAAAGAAUGUGGAAAGGCCUUUGUUUGGGCCGGAAGACUUGGUUUACAUAGGAGAAUUCACAUUGGAGAGAAACCGUAUAUAUGUAGGGAAUGUGGGAAGAUCUUUGCUGUAGCCUCAAAUCUUAGUGUACAUAGGAGAAUUCACACUGGAAAGAAACCGUAUAUAUGUAAGGAAUGUGGGAUGGCCUUUGCUGUAGCCUCAAGUCUUAGUGAACAUAGGAAAAUUCACACUGGGGAGAAACCAUAUAUAUGUAAGGAAUGUGGAAAGGCCUUUGCUUGGGCCUCAACAUUUAGAGAACAUAGGAGAAUUCACACUGGAGAGAAACCGCAUAUAUGUAAGGAAUGUGGGAAGGCCUUUGUUGUAGCCUCAACACUUCGUGACCAUAGGAAAAUUCACACUGGAGAGAAACCAUAUAUGUGUGAGGAAUGUGGAAAGACAUUCACACGGUUCUCUUCCCUUACUCUGCACAUGAGAAUUCAUACUGGAGAGAAGUCUUACAUAUGUAUGGAGUGUGAAAAGGCCUUUACUUCUUCCUCACAAUUGACUGUACAUAGGAGAAUUCACACUGGAGAGAAGCCAUAUAUAUGUAAGGAAUGGGGGAAGGCAUUUGCUACAGCCUCAAAUAUUAGUGUACAUAGGAAAAUUCACACU